AUGCCGAGAGUCUUCAAGUUUCUCAAGACUGCGCUGGCGCCUAGCAUUGGAAGUUCCUCGCCGCAGGAGGUAGUCGACAAGAAUAAUUCGUCACCCAAGGCAUCAUUCACUUCCUCGGCAGACGACACAUGGCUGCCAGACUUCGAUCCACUCACGGUCACGGCAUUCGAACUGUCCGAACUCUUGAAUGCGCGAGCAAUUACAAGCGUGCAAAUCGUACAACUGUACCUGAAGGAGAUUGCGUUACACAACAGAAGAGGCAGACAAUUAAGAGCAUUGAUUUCUGUUGCCCCAAAACAUGAACUAUUGAGGAUAGCACGCAAGCUGGACGAUGAACGAGCAAGAGGCAAGAUAAGAGGCCCACUUCAUGGCAUUCCAAUAGUAAUCAAGGACAACAUCAUGACGGAUGAGACGCUAGGGAUGGAUACGACAGUUGGCUCCUAUGCUUUUGUAGGCUGUAUACCUAAGAAGAGCGCGACCGUUGUCGACCGCUUGAUCAAGCGAGGGAUGAUCAUCAUUGGAAAAUCGAACCUUACAGAAUUCUGUGGUCUCAAGAAUCCGUCAAUGCCUCCGGGAUGGUCAGCGGUGGGCGGACAGUGUCAGUCACCGUAUGUUUCAAGACACAUUGCAAAGCGAAAACUACAUUGGGAACUGUCAGCUCCUGGAGGCUCCUCAACAGGAUCAGCUGUGGCCGUGGCUUCAGGCUUCAGCACUCUGGCGAUUGGCACGGAUACCAUCGGAUCACUUAUCACGCCAGCAAACCGCGCGGCCCUCUACGCACUAAAACCUACAGUUGGAGAAGUUCCGAUGGACGGAAUCUUCAACCUAAGCAAAACAUUUGAUUCAGUUGGUGGCAUGGCCAAGUCUGCAAAGGAUCUUGUGGCGCUUAUGGACGCCUUGAUGGUACCCACCAACAGAGAAGAGAAUGUGCCGAGUCCACACAGAUCAUUUAAGAUUAAGCCAGAUUUUGGCACGCUUCGAAUCGGCAUCUGUGAGCCGUCAAUCUGGAAGUCAUGGCGCAAAAAUGGGCGCAUUAAUGCUGACGCCGAGAGGUUUAUGACCCAGAAGUACGACAUGAUUGUUCAGAGCAUGAUCGAGAUGGGCGUCGAUGUUGUGUACCCGGUCGAACUACCCAAUCCAAUGAGCUUGACCAUCGAUGGCAAGAACUGCUUCGAACCAGUUGUCUAUGCCGAGUUCAAGGAUUGCUUAUCAGAAUUCAUCCGGGACUUCAAGGUGACCAAGAUGCAUUCAUUGGCUGAGAUUAUCAACUUCAAUCUGGAGCAUCCAGAAUUGUGUCUCCCACCAACAUGCCCAGAUCAGAAUGAUCUUAUGGCCGCCCUACAAUCCAGUAUCAAGCGCGAAGAAAUCAACGCCGCACGACAACACCUUCAGACCGCCGGCGGACCUGAAGGCCUCGACUUUCUCUUCGCUUCGCGCUCUCUCGACAUCAUCAUGGCGCCCGGAGACGCCGCAUUGUCCACGCUUGCAGCAGCAGCAGGGUACCCAACUGCUGCGUGUCCACUUUCCGCUCUCAAACUCAACGGCCAACCUUUUGGCAUCACGCUCGCCUCACGUCCGCACACCGAACACACGCUCCUCCACUUCCUGACCGCAUACGAAAACAUUUUCCCACCCCGUGCCCUCCCCAUGCCGCUUUCAUCGGUGCCGCUCCAGGACCCCAACCCAGAACCGCUCCCCGAUCAACCCAUUGUUGAUCUUAUUCUACACGAAUGGGACACGCGAAGAUUCAGUUGCAGUGCGGAUGCGCUGGCGGACUGGCUCAACGCACGCUGGCGCAAAAGCGGGUACGAACUUAGUGCUGAGACGGUGUGUGAGGUUCUGAGGAGUAAUGGGCGGAUUGCAUUCAGAGGGCUGGGUGAUGAUGCUGAAGGUGCUUUUUCACGAUAG